UGAAAAUCCAACACCACCCCACCGGACCAGCGCUGAACCACAAGCCACGAUGGCCGGAAAAAGUCAGAAGAUUCUCGAGUUUUUCGAACGACACCACGGCCGACGCCUCAGGAAUCGGCUGCUGCGGGUGUUCAAGACGCUCAACAUCGGGCUGGCAGCGCUCCCCCCAGAGAUCGCCGUGCAGGUCGUCCUGUACGCGGACACAGACACGCUCCUCACGCUCCGACGCACCUGCAAAGCCUUCCGCGACCUGGUCCAGGAGGAGGUCGUUGCGCGCUGUCGGGAGACGGUCGUCCCUCCGCAGGUGACCUACGACGCGAUGAUUAUUGCCAACCAACAUGGCAACCGGCGGAGCAGUCGGUAUCUAUGGCAUGAGAACCCGGUAAGCCAGCCCCUCGCUCGCCUGGUGGCCCAGGGCCGGUACGACGCGGUCCGGUUCUGUCUGGAAGACGCAGGGCUCGAUGCUAAUCUCUACGACCUCAGUGCCAGACCGUUGCUGCACAUCGCCGCCUUCUACGCCCAGGUCCCCGUGGCCCAGCUGCUGCUGCAACGCGGGGCCGACAUCUUCGCCACGGCGCGGGUCAACCGCAACACGGCGCUGGACUUCGCGGUAUGCCCUGAGCUCAGCCACGAUGAAUUCGGGCCGCCUCUAGGGUAUGGGAUACGGACCCCUGCGCGGGACGCGAUGGUGCGACUGCUUCUCUCUGAAGGGGCCCGCUACGCCACGAACGCCGGGCCCGGGGCCCUGCCCUACCUGUGUAGGAUGCCGGAUUACAUCAACUUGCUUCGCCAAGCGUACGACAACGGCACGUAUCUCAGCGAUGAGGCUAUCGCGCGUCAGCUGCUCCAAUGCGAUCUGAUGUCUGGGCUGGUCCCGGCCGUUGUCGCCGCCUUGCCGGAGGCGCUGGAUCCGGUGAUCGUGACGGCAUCUGGCAGGUCGGCGAUCGAAGCGGCCUUGAGCCUGGGGCAUAUGGAGCUCGCCCUGGCGCUGAUCAACUGCGGGUUCCCCUUGAAUCUGGGGCUCAACGAAGACCAGUACCAGUACCCAGAGCUCUCGUACCCGCUGGACAACUCGCAAUACAACGACCUCCUCACGCAUGUCUGGGACCGACAGAUUGUCAUGGCUCUGCUGGCGCGGCCACAGCUCCGAGCGGCCGGGUUCGGACAGUGGAUUAUCCAGACCGGCCACUCGCAGCAUCUGAUCCUGGAUGAGCCUCUGAACUACCAGAUCCGCACACGCAACUGGCCCAUGGUCAACCAGCUGUUGCGGAUGGGCUGGGGCAAUCCCGCGGGCUAUGCCGAGGAGCUGUCAUGA